AUGGAUUCAUUCACGGGGCCCAUCUUUGAUGAGGCCCAAUAUCGCCAAGAUGUCCUCCUUCUCUCCACAUCAGAAUCCGAAGAAGCGCAGGCGCAACAGCUGGCCAUCGAGGCGCAACAACUAGGACUCAAAGCUCCGGAGAUCGAGGCAUCUGCGCCACUAGCUGCCUCCAUCGCCUCAGGAAUUGUCGGUUUUUCCUCGCCAGUGCUUUCUUCUGCUUCGUCAACCGAUCGGAAUUCAGUCUGUGGCUCCGUUACUCCGUCCUACGAGCCAGCAUCGCCCUCUCCCUCCGCGAUAGACCAGGUCGUCUCUUCCUUCUCAGAUGUCGCAAUUGCCUCAGAUCGCUUCAAGCCCGGCAGUACCCGAUCGCUUGCUACGCUUUCCACUCGUCCCACCUCGUUCUGUUCCAGUGAGGGAAGGACAGCUCUUGCUGGAUAUGGGUAUCAUAAUGAAUCAUUUGAGGCCAAGUCAAAUCGGCAUUCGAUGUUGAGUGUUGCUUCCGCCGAUAAAAAAGAGAAACGACGGCGCAGCUUGAAGUCUGCGAUUGGGAAAAUUCACUUUCGCAAGAAACGCCCCUCUUCAACUCUCCUGCCUCCCGAGACGCAGAUUACAAUAUCCAGAGGCGACAAAGGCGUGGAGCGUGUCUUCUUGGAACCCAAACCAGAGCCUAAUGACCCUGGCCAAGUUAUACCAGACCAGAGCACGAAGACUCCGCUCCCUAGGCUUGAAAUUCCGCUAUACAGCAAAGAGUCUCUGCAAAGGAGCUUGGAUGAUCCCGAGCUCAGUGAGAUGAGUGAACGCCAUAGAAUGGAAAAGAAUCGGCAUCUCGCUUUCCAGGAUGCGGCCUUUGCUAUACUUCGGCGCCGGCACCAGACCGCUGUUUCUGAGCGGCGAGCUGACAAUCAGCGCCAGGAGGAUGAGAAACGCGAAAUGAAUAUCGAAGCAAUAGUUCGACUCGAAGAGCGACAACUUGCGGUAGAAAUCGAACAACAACGCGAGUUCGACCGUGCCAAGAUGAACUCACGCACUCGCAUCAAGCAUAUGGAGGGAUACUUCCGCAAUGCAAGCCCACCGCUAUCUCCCGCAGGAGGGUCGUCAAAAGCCGAACGCUCGUCAGAUUCAUUCUCUGAAUCCGACUCGACUGCACCAGCCCGCGUAUUCACUCGGCAACACAUGGAGCAACUGGAGCAGCAAUACCACAACCACGAAUCCAUGGAUCAACUCCAUGAGGCCCGCAUCAAGGUUCUUCGUGACCGUCAAGAGCUCAAGCUUCAGGAAGCCACGGCGCGUAUGGAAAAGGAACUAAAUGACAUGUGUAACCGUCACACCCAAAACAUUGCUACCUUACAGAGCGAGCAACGACAAGAAGAGAUGUUGCUCGCAAAAUCCUUGGACACUAAAAAGACAAGUUUGCGCAAACGCUGGUACCUGGAAGAAGCUAUCUUACGUCGGCACCUCGAAGUGCGACAUGGCCAAUUAUAUGGCCCCUUACCCCCUGUCUCAUUCACAAGCACCACACCGGACACCCCCACCGCUGUUCAGGAAUCCUCGCCCCUCGAAUCGUCGAACACCCCGGAUACGAUUCAUACCGGCCAGGAUUGCGCGUCACUCUGA